CUGACCGGGGGAGGCUCUACGCGGCGUUCGGUGCUGCUGGCUGCUGGCUCAGUGGAGUCGCCAUGCCUACAACACAGCAGUCACCUCAGGAUGAGCAGGAAAAGCUCCUGGAUGAAGCCAUACAGGCUGUGAAGGUACAGUCCUUUCAGAUGAAGAGAUGCCUGGACAAAAACAAACUUAUGGACGCUCUGAAACAUGCUUCUAACAUGCUUGGUGAACUCCGGACGUCUAUGUUAUCACCAAAAAGCUACUACGAACUUUAUAUGGCUAUUUCUGAUGAGCUACACUACUUGGAGGUCUACCUGACAGAUGAAUUUGCUAAAGGACGAAAAGUAGCAGAUCUCUAUGAGCUUGUACAAUAUGCUGGAAACAUAAUCCCAAGGCUCUAUCUGUUGAUUACAGUUGGAGUUGUAUAUGUCAAGUCAUUUCCUCAGUCCAGGAAAGAUAUUUUGAAAGAUUUGGUAGAAAUGUGCCGUGGUGUACAGCAUCCAUUGAGAGGUUUAUUUCUUCGGAAUUAUCUUCUUCAGUGUACCAGAAACAUUUUACCUGAUGAAGGAGAGCCAACAGAUGAAGAAACAACUGGUGAUAUUAGUGACUCCAUGGAUUUUGUACUGCUCAACUUUGCAGAAAUGAACAAGCUCUGGGUGCGAAUGCAACAUCAAGGACAUAGCCGAGAUAGAGAAAAAAGAGAACGAGAAAGACAAGAACUGCGAAUUUUAGUGGGAACAAAUUUGGUGCGCCUCAGUCAGUUGGAAGGUGUAAAUGUGGAACGUUACAAACAGGUUUUUCCUGAUGAAUUUCAUCUCCAGACAUUGAAUCCUUUUCUUCGGGCCUGUGCUGAGUUACACCAAAAUGUAAAUGUAAAAAAUAUAAUCAUUGCUUUAAUUGACAGAUUAGCUUUAUUUGCUCAUCGUGAAGAUGGACCUGGAAUCCCAGCUGAUAUUAAACUUUUUGACAUAUUUUCACAACAGGUGGCUACAGUGAUACAGUCUAGACAAGAUAUGCCAUCAGAGGAUGUUGUGUCUUUACAAGUCUCUCUAAUUAAUCUUGCAAUGAAAUGUUACCCAGAUCGUGUGGACUAUGUUGAUAAAGUUCUAGAAACAACAGUGGAGAUAUUCAAUAAGCUCAACCUUGAACAUAUUGCUACCAGUAGUGCAGUUUCAAAGGAGCUCACCAGACUUUUGAAGAUACCUGUUGAUACUUAUAACAAUAUCUUAACAGUCUUAAAAUUAAAACAUUUUCACCCACUCUUUGAGUAUUUUGACUAUGAGUCCAGAAAGAGCAUGAGUUGUUAUGUGCUGAGUAAUGUUCUAGAUUAUAACACAGAAAUUGUCUCUCAAGACCAGGUGGACUCUAUAAUGAAUUUGGUAUCCACAUUGAUACAAGAUCAGCCAGAUCAACCUAUAGAAGAUCCUGAUCCAGAAGACUUUGCUGAUGAGCAGAGCCUUGUGGGCCGAUUCAUUCAUCUUCUGCGGUCUGAUGACCCUGAUCAGCAGUAUUUGGAUGACAAAUGGGAAAAGAAAUGCCAGAAGAUCUUUUCAUUUGCUCACCAGACUAUCAGUGCUUUAAUUAAAGCAGAGCUGGCAGAAUUACCUCUAAGACUUUUUCUUCAAGGAGCACUAGCUGCUGGAGAAAUUGGUUUUGAAAAUCAUGAAACAGUAGCAUAUGAAUUUAUGUCACAGGCAUUUUCUGUGUAUGAAGAUGAAAUCAGUGAUUCAAAAGCACAGCUGGCUGCCAUAACUUUGAUCAUUGGUACUUUUGAGAGGAUGAAGUGCUUCAGUGAAGAGAAUCAUGAACCAUUGAGGACUCAGUGUGCACUCGCUGCAUCCAAACUUCUGAAAAAACCUGAUCAGGGCCGAGCUGUGAGCACUUGUGCACAUCUUUUCUGGUCUGGCAGAAACACAGAUAAAAAUGGGGAGGAGCUUCAUGGAGGCAAGAGGGUAAUGGAAUGCUUAAAGAAAGCUCUAAAAAUAGCAAAUCAGUGCAUGGACCCCUCUCUACAAGUGCAGCUUUUUAUAGAAAUUCUGAAUAGAUACAUCUAUUUUUAUGAAAAGGAAAAUGAUGCGGUAACUAUUCAGGUUUUGAACCAGCUUAUCCAAAAGAUUAGAGAAGAUCUUCCAAAUCUAGAGUCCAGUGAAGAAACCGAGCAGAUUAACAAACAUUUUCAUAACACACUGGAACACUUGCGCUUGAGGCAGGAAUCACGAGAAUCUGAGGGGCCAAUCUAUGAAGGUCUCGUCCUUUAAACAGCUCAUACUCCUUUCCACAUACAUCCAGUAAGGGUUUAUUAACUAGGUCUCCCUUCUAUAGAUUGUGCCUUUCAGAAAUGCUGAGGUAGGUUUCCCGUUUUUUACUUGUGAUGUGUUUUACCCAGCACCUCCGGACACUCACCUUCAGGACCUUAAUAAAGUCAUUCACUUUGUAUGUGUUCAAGUCUGUCUGAUCUCCCCAAGUAGCAUGACUGAUCUGCUAUAAAACUCCCAUGAUCUGUAAAAAACAAAAUCCACUUAACUUGGUUAUUAAUGAAACUCUCCUUGCUUUUUGUUUUGUUUCAAUGUUGAUUGUGUAUUUUCUUCAUUACCAGGAAAUACUAACCCUAAAAAGUAUCUGUCUCUGUUCUUUAGUCCUCUUUGAGAUUAAUUUAGAGGAAAGGAAUACUGUUUGUGAGAUUGAGCUUGGGCUUUUCCCUAAACGCAAGAUAAGGCCAUGUGUAACAUUUUCCCUAAAAAUAGAAUAUAAUGCAUGUUUGAGAAGUUUAAACCACCAUGGUCAAAAGCAGAAGCUAUAUUUUGCAUAUUUGGACUCAGCCAUUCAUUAAGAACUUUUGUUGUCCUCUAGACCUAUUUAUCAGAAAUAAUUUGGUUCUAAAUAGUAUAAAAUAGAAAAUUUUGUGGUCUAUAUAAUUUAUGUAUAACCAUUACUGUAAAUUUAAUGGGAAAUGAAUCAAAAUUAUGAUUUUUUUUUGCACCCAGUGAAACAAUAAAGUUGCUAUUAACAAUU